AAACCCUGGUGACAUCUGUCUGCGUUUGUCAUUAAUAUUGAAAUAAAAAGAAGUUAUUUUAGCCGGAGUGAAGUGCCUUAUUUUCGUUCUAAAUAACUAACUGGGAUACUAAAAUCGAGGUCGAAAUUGAUGAAUAAAGAGAAAGAUCCGUGCAAACCGUACGCCUGCAAGAUUCAGGCAUGCUUGAAAUCUAACAGGUACCAAGAACCUGAUUGCCAGUACGCCAUAGAGGAUAUGAAAAAUUGUUGUCUGAAGUGGAGAGAAAAGAGUUACGUUUGCGGAGGUUUUGCGUAUUUGUAUGCGCAGCCACAGCAGGAGCAGCCGAAAGUAACCAAACAGUAGUGAGAUGAGAGAAAGGAAAGUGCUGAAGGAUUUAAGUUGGAUACAAAGGAAUCCCAGAGUCUUUGUUGGAAUUGUCACAAGCGCAUCC